AUGGAGUUGGUGGAGGUGUUGCCAUUUCAUCAUAAGGCAGGCUCACUCAAACAAUCAAAUAAGCCAUUUAAAUCUAAACAUGCAACAAAAGGAGCUAUUAAAGACAAAAUAAAAGGUAAAGUCAACAGAAAAGCUAUAAAGCACUCGAGUGCAAAUACGCGUUCAAUUUCAAGAGUUGAUAGACGUAAUGCGGCGAAAUUGGAACAACAAAAAAAGAGAGAAGAAGUGCUGAAAACGAACAGAUUUUUCGAAGGCAAGCAUGGAACUCCUAAAAUUGUGGCCGUGAUACCAUUAUGCCCCGAUGUAAAUUCUUAUAGUGCUAUAAAAUCCAUUUAUAGCAGUAUUGAUUUACAAGAACCGUCUAUUUUAAAAGGCAUUGCUCAUAUGAAUGCUGAAAGGUUUAAACAAACAAUCCAAUUCAUCCUUCUUGAAAGGAAUUUUAUUGACAUUUUGGAUGCUUGUAAAAUCGCGGAUUAUGUAUUAUUUGUUGUAUCAGCUGAAGUCGAAGUUGAUCAAUUUGGUGAAUCAUGUUUAAAGGCUAUACAAUCUCAAGGAUUGCCCACUGUUAUAACUACUGCUAUGCACAUGGAAAAAAUUUCACAAAAGAAGCGUAACGAUGUUAAGAAAUCUUUACUUAGUUAUAUGAACCAUUUUUUCCCCGAUGAAGAAAAAAUUCAUUCUGCAGAUCAAAUUCAGGACGCACUUAAUGUAUUAAGGACAAUUUGCACCCAACGUCCUAAACAAGUUUUAUGGAGAGAUAUUCGUCCAUAUAUGUUGACUGAAGAAUUGAUUUAUGAACCAAAUGAUGAUAAUUUCGGGACUCUAAAGGUUACGGGCUAUUCUAGAGGUGUACCAUUUUCGGCAAAUCGUUUAGUGCAUUUGCAGAACUUUGGUGAUUUUCAAUUGAAACAGAUCACUGCUUCUAGGAAAAGAGACGAUGAUAAAGAUUCGGAAGAGAAAUUUCAAAUUUUGCAUGUGGCUGAUCCAAAAUUACAGGAUUCGCUUAUCUCAGAGAAUGAACCGACUUUUAUGGAAAAUGAGCAAACAUGGCCAACUGAAGAAGAAAUGGGCGGAAUGGAAGAAUCAAUGCGUUCAGAUGAUAUGCCGGAUGCGCCUCCUGAAGUCGGCAAUGAUAGUGAGGGAGAAUAUGAGGAAAUUGAGGUUGAGACAAGAACAACUAGUUUGAAUGAUCCUAAUUUGGACCCAGAGGAAGAAGCUAGGCAGUUAAAAGAAUUCUUGGCCAAUCGUGAAAAACAACGUCGUGAUGAUCUUGAGUUUCCGGAUGAAAGAGAUACACCUUUAGGUAUUACAGCUCGUACUCGAUUUCAAAGAUACCGAGGCUUGGAAAGUUUUCGUACUUCACCGUGGGAUCCAAUGGAAAAUUUACCAGUCGAUUAUGCUCGUAUUUUCCAAUUUGAGAAUUAUCAAAGGACAAAACACAGAGUUAUAAAUGAAGCUGCUGUUGGUGGAUGUGGAAUUAAGGGUGCACGAAUAACACUACAUUUAUCUAAUGUUCCAAAGGAAGUAGCAGUAAAUCCAAUUUAUUCACAAAACACACAAGGAGGAAAAGGAACGAAUAAUGUUCAUAAAUUUGAACGAUUUCUUAACCCUGGAAGAACUUGUAUUGCUACGAUAUAUGGACCGGUGCAAUUUGGUCAUUCACCUAUUAUGCUUUUUAAAGAUACCGGAGAUAUUAAUGCUCCAAUACUUGUGGCUACAGGAAGCUUUUUGAAUUCGGAUCCAAAGAGAGUAAAUGCUAAACGUAUUAUUCUUACAGGACAUCCAUACAAAAUUCAUAAAAAAUCCGCUGUUAUUCGAUACAUGUUUUUCAAUCCUGAGGAUGUAUUAUGGUUUAAGCCUGUACAAUUAACAACCAAAUAUGGACGUACCGGACAUAUUAAAGAAAGUUUAGGUACACAUGGAUAUAUGAAAUGUGUAUUUGAUUCACCACUCACACAACAGGACACUGUGAUGAUGAAUUUAUACAAACGGGUAUUUCCCAAAUGGAACACAACUACGUUAUGGAAAGGAGGGUUAGAUGGAACAAUUGUGAAAUCAUCGUCGAUUGUUAAUGAUAAGAAUGCGAAGAUUGACGAUGUUGAAAUGGAGAUGUGA